GUUGACUUCUUUGGUAAACUCUGAAAAUAGAGAGCAAACAAAAUGUACAUUAUUCUAAUCGCGCUUCUAAUUUCUGAGGCAGCUCUUAUAGGCAGCAGUUCGUCCUGUGAGGAGCCGAGUGAAUUGGAAAAUACUUGUGGCAAAUAUUGUUUCAAAAUAGUGAAACCUGUGCUGGAACAGACGGCCAUAUUGCAGAAACAGGUCGCUAGCCACGAAGACAGACAGAAUGCAGAUACUCAAGCCAAGUUGGAAGACUUUGGCAAGCAGCUGACACUUUCACAUGAAAAGGUUGCUGAUGUCCAACCAAAAUUUAUAAAGAUUGAGGAACAAUUGGUAGGCCUGCAGUCGAAGUUCGAUGACAUCCAAACUAAGUACAACAAUAUUACGAGUCAGCUUUUGGUACUACAAGAGAAGGUUGCUCAACAGGAAGGAAAGUUGCAAGUGAUCGAAAGGAAACGAAAAGAUCAUCCCAGCCAUUUCACGAAAAUAGGUUCGAAAUAUUAUUAUAUUGAAGAUCGACACAAGAUGAGCUGGUUCGCUGCGGCAUACGAAUGCCAACAACGUGGUGGUCACCUGGCUAGCAUCCAAAAUGAAAGAGAGUACGGAGCAAUAAAAGCCAAAUUAAACCACAAUCAUAAUUAUUGGCUUGACGUCAAUGAUCUCUAUAAAGAAGGACUAUAUAUAUCACUUACCACCGGUCGCAAGGCUCCCUAUUUGAUCUGGUAUGUUGCCCAACCAGACAAUAAAGGUAAGAGGGAGCAUUGCGUUCAUUUAUGGAACAUUGAUAAAAGUCUUAAGAUGAAUGAUGAAAUUUGUACACAUGAUAUGUAUUUUAUAUGUGAGUCGUUAUCAGUAAUCUGAUCUGAUAAUAAGAA